GUUUCAGCCGACAAGAAAGCAGCAGCCGAAUUCAAGUCACGCCUCAUCUCACCACCACGAAGUCGAUCAGUGACUGUUGAACCGAAGCCACCGCCCGGACAUGACGGCCACGAGGAUAGCAGAUCACCGGACGAGAUUGCAGUUGAUAGUGCGCUAGAGGAAGGUUUGAGAGAGCUCCGAGAACAUAACGUUCGAGGUACUGACAGCACAGUUGGAAGUCCGAAUCAAAGUUCCGUGGAAGGACACGAGAGUCCAUCGGCGCAAGAAGUGCCUGCCGAAGUAACGUUGCCCCCGUCACCGGUUGAGAAAUGCUCUAGAGAACUUGAGUUGCAAUUCGAAAAAUAUUUUGCACGGAAGGCGAACGGUAUGGAUUUGAAUUUAUCGAUCCAGUUGAGACAAGACUUCAAGAAUCCAUCAAUUUAUGAGCGAUUAAUUGAAGCCUUUGAAGUGGACGAAUUAGGAUCGAAUUUCGAUCCAUCCGUGUUCAAUCCGCAUGGUUUCACCGAAGAUUGUUUCUAUGAUAAUAUUUCCGUAAUGCAAAAAGAAGUAAUGGAAAAGUAUAUGGCAAAUGCAGAAAAGAAAUCAGCGGCGAGUGGUGGUGCGAACGCUGCAGUGGAUUCAUCAAAGGGAUCGGAUGUGAAAAGGAAAUCCAGAUUUGAGGGGAACAAGAAGCAUUGA